UCCUCCAGGCAAAGUCUGCAAAAAUGUGGACUUAGGAAAGGGGAGCAAGAAGGGCUGAACCUGUACGCGAGAGAGCUCUCACGGACUUAACGGGAACGCGCUUAAACACGCUGUGAGCAUCUAAUCAAUAAUUGUCCCGUUAGUGGCGUUACAGUUAAGUCACAGUGAUGACUUCAACAACCAUGAAGCUUCUUCCUCUCGCGUGUCUCUGUCUCCUGACUCGGUCUGGAACAACGUUUGCUGAUGAACACGGGUCAGUGAUUAUCAUCAUGAAAGAAGACAGGGAUGUUAUUUUACCCUGUUCCUUCAGCACCAAGGACGACAUUGAGAACAAACUCUUUGAGUGGAGGAAAGAUGGUCAGAAUAGCGUGUUCAGAUAUGAUGCAGGCCUUCAUUCUAAUAACGGCCAUCCGGGUCAAUAUGAGCAGUUCAAAGGUCGUGUCUCCUAUUUUGAAGAUGAACGGAAGUACGGCAAUAUCUCCAUCAUCAUCAGAAAUACGACGGUGGCCGACAGUGGAAACUACACCUGUUAUAGUCCACGUUUUAUGCCACAACCGGUCCACAUUCAGCUUGUUUUUGGGCCAGUGAUCGUGAAAGAAGGCAGUGAUGCUAUUUUACCCUGUUCCUACAGCACCAAGGACGCUGUGGAAAAACACUUUAACUGGAAGAAAGAUGGUCAAAAGGUGGUGUUCAUGUAUGGUAGAAGCUUUCCUUUCGGCUUUCCAAAUCAAGAUGAGCAGUUUGAAGGUCGCGUCUCACAUUUUCCCAAUCUGAAGUACGGCAACGCCUCCAUCCUCAUCAGCAAUACGAAGGUGACUGACAGUGGCAUCUACACCUGUGAUUUUCCACUUUGGUCAAGACAACUAGUCCACGUUCAGCUUGUUGUUGGUAAGUGCUUUCAUUAA